UUUACUGUGUUGCAGGUAGUUAGACGACCGAGCACUCGUUUUGUGAUCAUUCAACUGCUGGGGUCUUGAAGUUUUCAGGAACGAUUAGCUGCUAAUCAGGACACUAGUAUGGGCGGAAUGGAGGAUCAGCAAAGUUAUCCUACAGAUCGAUAUGUGUAUUCUUUCGGUGAUGACACAUCUGAUACAGAUACAGAUGUGAGCAAAUCCACACGUCGACGACGAAAGUUGGAGGAUCCUGAAGCAGAACUGAAACGAAGGAGGGAGAAAUUGAAUGUAGAUAUUGCCACAGAAGUUGGCAUCGACAUUGCUGGGAGAAACCCACUGAAUGUGGCCAUCAUUGGAGUGCCUGGAGUUGGGAAGAGUUCGACCAUAAAUACUCUCAUAUCGGCAAUGAACGAUGACAAAUAUCGUGAAUAUGCGAUGACUGGAAACUUUGGGGGCCAGGCACUACAAAUGACUUAUCUCACAAAAAGCUUUCCAAAGAAGGCUUACAGACAGCCGGCCCAUUACAAUGCAUGCUACCCGACGUUUAUCGAUAUUGCUGGAUUUGACAAUGAAAAAAAUGAUUUGACUGAAGAGUUACUGAGAAUUGUAUUUUAUGGCCGUCUACCUGUCGAAGAUAGCUUGAAGGCAGCGCAAGAGGAAUACCACAAGACUGGUAUGAAGGGACUGAGAGAGAAAUACUCCCAGAAUCUGGAGCUACUAAAGGUUGACAGAAUUAUUGUUGUGGCUUCAGCCCGAGAGAACAUUCCAGAAAAACUCAUCAGUUGUGUCAUGAACGCUGCCAAUCCAGCUGGAUCUAAAGCAGGAAAAGGAAAAAUGACCAUUCCAGUCUUUGGAAUUCUGACAAAAAUUGAUGGUGUCAAUCUGGAGUCUACAGAGUUCAAGGACAAGGAGAAGCAUUUCUUAGAAUGUUUGGGAUUACUAGGUGCUAAACAGCGUUACGCUCGACUGAUUAACUACUGCAGUGAUGUUGAUGAAGCGGAUGAACGCCUAGAGAAGUUUCUGCCAAGAAUUGAUGUUCCUGCUUUGAAAUUCCUGCGACAAGUUCUAGACCCUGUGUAUGAGGUACAGGUUGGACAUGAGGUUUUCACCGACACGUUUCCAGAGAAGCAAGCAUCAGUGGUGCCAGAGACCAUUCCUGAACCACCUAAAGUAGGAGCUGUAGUUGUGCCACGUCCACCAGUGGGACCAAACACCUCACCUGUUACCUUAUUGGUCACCUAUGCCAUCAAAGGAAUUAUCAUAGCACUCUUUGUCUAUUUCUGCCUUGCUCCUUCCAUCUCGAACCAGGAUUUGCUUAGCAUCUGUACAAGCUAUGACAGUCACACCUCCCAUUUCCCACAUGGAUUUCAGAACGCUCGUCUGACUGAUAUUUGUGACAGAAAAAUGGACAUUGUCGGGAAAUCUUUCAUGGGACCACUCAUGUUUUUUGUUGUUCUUAUUGUUAUGUUGGAUUUUUUGAUGCCCCAAAUGAUCGAAAAUUUUAUCAAAAAAAUUCCCAAGCCAAAAAAUGACUGAGAUAUUUGACAUGUGGCGAACAUAAAAAAAAAAUAGAAAUUGAAAUUUAGAAAAGUAUGUGUUAAAUGUCUUGAGGUUCAUUAUUAGUGCUAUGUAUAUUGUUUUAAAGAAAACAAAUCUAUCCAUUGAAAUGAUUUGUUUGUUUGCUGGGUUGCCUUGACGACAACCAAAGUCAUUUGGAAUUCAUCUUGAAGUAGAACCUCAAUAAUAUAGAGGUAACCCACCACAUAUUAUCUUAACAGACUCUUAGAAAAUAUCUGUUGCUAACCAUAUGCUUGACAGACAUACCAACAAAAAUUUCAAGUUCAGACACAGAGUGAAUGAUUUACAUGUACUACAAAUAUAUAUAAUAGGUGUAUAAUAUAAGCCUUCAUUUGCUUAAUUUUCCAACUGUAGUAUUAGGAUUGGAAUUUUUUUUAUAUUCAUUUAUAUACAUUCUUUAAUAUAUUCAUUUUGAUAUAAAAAUUUUGUAGAUUCUGCGUAAUUAGAUUGAGUUUUCUCACAAUACAUUUUUCGUAGAAAUUGUUGCGAUGUUUGAAUAUAUAACUUGCAUUUCAUAUGCA